AUGGUUGGAGCUCUGGAAUCCGAUCACAUAAUGGCGUCCUUGAACGAGAAAAUCGAGAUCCUCACUGACGACUUCGAUCCAACCGCCGUCGUCACCGAACCGUUACCUUCUCCGUUAACUAACGGAACCGUUGCAGAUCACGAGGAAGAAGAGACUCCGAUAAAGACGAAGGUCAUCAACGGAGGAGGAGGCGAGAGAGAAAUGGUCCUCGGCAGGAACAUACACACGACGUCUCUCGCCGUCACUGAGCCUGAAUCCAACGACGAAUUCACCGGCGACAAGGAAGCUUACAUGGCUAGCGUCCUCGCUCGUUACCGUAAAACUCUGGUCGAACGAACCAAAUUCCAUCUCGGUUAUCCAUACAAUUUGGAUUUCGAUUACGGUGCGCUUGGGCAGUUGCAGCAUUUCUCGAUCAACAAUCUCGGAGAUCCGUUUAUCGAAAGCAACUAUGGUGUGCACUCAAGGCCGUUCGAAGUCGGCGUGUUGGAUUGGUUCGCUCGUCUUUGGGAGAUUGAGAGAGAUGACUAUUGGGGUUACAUCACAAACUGUGGCACAGAAGGAAACCUUCACGGGAUCUUAGUCGGGCGUGAGAUGUUUCCUGAUGGGAUCUUGUACGCGUCGAGUGAGUCGCAUUACUCUAUCUUCAAGGCAGCUCGGAUGUAUCGAAUGGAGUGCGAGAAGGUUGAUACGCUCAUCUCUGGAGAGAUUGACUGUGAUGAUUUCAGACGGAAACUGAUGGCGAACAAAGAUAAACCAGCGAUUCUUAAUGUUAACAUAGGAACAACUGUGAAAGGAGCUGUGGAUGAUCUUGAUCUUGUGAUCAAGACUCUUGAAGAGUGUGGAUUUUCACACGACAGGUUUUACAUUCACUGCGAUGGAGCUUUGUUUGGACUCAUGAUGCCUUUCGUCAAACGUGCACCGAAAGUGACGUUUAAUAAACCGAUAGGAAGUGUGAGUGUGUCAGGACACAAGUUCGUCGGAUGUCCGAUGCCUUGUGGUGUUCAGAUAACGAGAAUGGAGCACAUCAAAGUCCUCUCAAGCAACGUCGAGUAUCUCGCCUCGAGGGACGCGACGAUCAUGGGAAGCAGGAACGGGCACGCUCCGUUGUUCCUAUGGUACACUCUGAACAGGAAAGGCUACAAAGGGUUUCAGAAAGAAGUUCAGAAAUGUUUGAGGAACGCGCAUUACCUCAAAGACAAGCUCCGCGAAGCCGGGAUCAGCGCGAUGCUCAACGAGCUUAGCAGCACUGUGGUCUUUGAACGGCCUAAAGAUGAGGAGUUUGUUAGGAGGUGGCAGCUCGCUUGUCAAGGCGAUAUAGCUCAUGUGGUGGUUAUGCCGAGUGUUACUAUUGAGAAGCUUGAUCAUUUUCUGAAGGAUCUUGACGAACAUCGGUCGGUUUGGUACGAGGAUGGAUCUCUACCACCGUGUCUUGUUAAGGAUGUUGGAGCUAACAACUGCAUCUGUCCGGCUCAUAAGUGA